UUGACGCUACAGGAAGCGAGCCUGGGCUGUCUCUGUACUGCUGUUUUCAAUCCCAGCCAAUCCACUAUGUGCGAGGGGCUUCAGCAUCAUGAUAUUUAACACACCCACCCUGAACUCCGACAGAGGUAUUUCCUCAAGCGCCUGUCAACGGGCAGACAUCACCUUCAUACGAGCUGGAUGUUCAGGCUGAAACGUUGAAACUUUCUCCAAAGAUCACAUUUAUCGACGGAAGGAGCUUCGAUGCGAUGCCAGACUUUCUCGAAACCUGCCAGGGCUGCCAUGCGUAUCAUCGCUUUCAACGACUGAACAGCCUCGAUUUGUACUGGAUAAGAAAAGCGAAUGAACUUGUGCAGCUGUGAAAGAGAUCUCGUGCGUUGUAUGAAUAGCGUCAGAUGUGAGGUGGACCGCGAACACGCACUUUUAUGGAUAAUUUCUCUGAGGCUUAAUUAUAUUUCGCAAAUACCUGCAGUGUAACAGCUAUUAAAUGUUAAAAUAGACUAUGAGCAAUUGUGUCGGAGAUUGUUCUCGCGUCUGCACGGGAGGAAUUUAAUCGCAAGCGCACGUAAAUAACUGGAUUAUUGUUUCGCAUGGAUGUGGAUGAGCGCUUUGCUAAAUAAAUCCCCAUUUCUGCACUUAAACUGGCAAAUGAAAACGAAAACGUUCCAUGUGUUCUUCUCAUAAAAUUGGGAGCCCGUGUUUUAUGUACUGUUGGCGAUGUAGUGCGCUUGCUCACUUUUAUCCUUGCCAUUCCAAACAAGUCAUUUCUCGAACAGGAGACCCUGAAGAUGAUCCUCUUUAGAAAAUUCCGCGUCUUGAUUCUGAUGGUGUUUCUUAUAGCCUGCUCUAUGCACAUUAUGAUAGACUUGUUACCGAAGCUGGAGAGACGGAGCAGUAGCGCGUGCUCGUGCUCACACACACCCAGCGAAGAGCCGCAGAACUGGGCUAAGCAUCGAGCCAAGCCGGGAUCAGAGUCCGGCUGGCCUAAUAAACACACACUCAGAAUACUUCAAGACUUCAGCAACGAGCCGAACUCAAACCUGUCCUCUCACUCGCUGGAAAAGAUCACCGUUGGGGAGAGAUCCGAGGCUUUGAAAAGAUUUGAGCAGUUGACAGGUGACGAGAAGAGGCACGCGACGCGGGACUCUAGCCUGAAGAACGCAGUUGUCAAGGGUUCGAGGCUCUCUGCGCUAUUUGAGCAUCCUUUAUACACCAGGCCAUUGCCUGCUUUAACUGACGAAGACACUUUGUUCAAUGUCAACACUGAUAUAAGAUUUGACCCUAAAGCUGCAGAGAACCCAGAGUGGAAUGGGGAAGGUAAAGAUGGGGAUUAUGCUCCUACUGGUGAGAUGUCCUCAGACUCAUACCCAAACUGGCUCCGCUUCCACAUUGGGAUCAACCGGUAUGAGCUUUACUCCAGGCACAACCCGGUCAUUGAUGCAAUGCUGAAGGAUCUGGUGUCGCAAAGGAUCACAAGUGUUGCGAUGAAAUCUGGAGGCACGCAGCUGAAGCUCAUCAUGACAUUCCAGAACUAUGGCCAGGCGCUCUUCAAGCCCAUGAAGCAGACACGGGAGCAGGAGACACCCCCAGACUUCUUCUACUUCUCUGAUUUCGAGAGGCACAAUGCCGAGAUCGCAGCAUAUCAUCUAGACAGGAUCCUGGAUUUCCGCCGAGUGCCGCCGGUGACUGGACGACUGGUGAAUAUGACCAAAGAGAUCAGAGAUGUGACCCGUGACAAAAAACUGUGGAGAACCUUUUUCAUUUCACCAGCCAAUAACAUCUGUUUCUACGGUGAAUGUUCGUACUACUGCUCCACCGAGCAUGCUCUGUGCGGGAAGCCUGACCAGAUUGAGGGCUCUUUAGCAGCUUUUCUGCCCGAUCUGUCCCUGGCCAAGCGCAGAACCUGGAGAAACCCCUGGAGACGAUCCUAUCACAAACGCAAGAAAGCAGAGUGGGAGGUGGAUCCAGAUUAUUGUGAAGAGGUGAAGCAGACGCCACCCUAUGACAGCGGCACACGCCUGCUGGACAUCAUGGACAUGACCAUUUUUGAUUUCCUCAUGGGAAAUAUGGAUCGUCAUCAUUAUGAGACUUUUGAAAAAUUUGGAAAUGAAACUUUCAUAAUUCACCUUGAUAAUGGAAGAGGCUUUGGUAAACAUUCUCAUGAUGAGCUCUCCAUACUGGUGCCUUUGAGUCAGUGCUGCAGGGUGAGGAAGUCCACUCAUUUACGGCUUCAGCUGUUGGCUAAGGAGGAGUUCAAACUGAGUGCUCUGAUGGAGGAAAGUCUACAGACUGACACGCUGACUCCCAUCCUCAUUAGGCCUCAUCUGGAGGCCAUGGAUCGCCGGCUGCGUCUGGUGCUCCAAGUACUUGCCGACUGCAUUGAGAAAGAGGGAUACAGCAAUGUAGUAGAGGAUGACCAGGGCACAGAGGGCUUGAACACGGGCACAGUCCCACAGAGGUAGUGGGCACAAACUGUUCAGGUGCUCCCGGCGGGUCCUUUGAAGUCCCACCGCAGAUCUAUAGACCAUGAACGUCUUGCAAGAGAUGCUCUUGUUGAUAAACUUUUCUGAAUUCAGUGAAUUCCAAAGACUCAUUCCUCAACCAAUGGACCAUGUGUUAAAAUAAAGACACACAGUAGACAAAGAAAGAGACGGUGUUCUGCAGUCCUGCAUUUAUUUCAUCCAAAAUGUAACUCUUCACAUGUAACAGCCGGUGUUAUAAAGCAAUGAUUCUCAACUGGUGGAUCGUCACCUAAAAAUGGGGUCACAGACUUGUAAAAUAACACUUAAAUGCAAAUAAUAAAAUACAAUUGAUAAUAAUAAAAAUCAUCAUCAUUAUUAUUAUAGCAGAUUAUAAUAAAAUAAAAUUUAAUUAAUCAAAUAAAAUGGAUAACUAUUUAUAAUGAAUAAAUAUUUAUUAUUGUUAUAAACAAGUUUAAAAUGGUCAUUUUUCUUAUUCAGCCUAUAUCAGGUUAAAAAAAAACAGCAUUAUUGGCAUUAAAUAUUAUUAGGCCUAUGCAGUUCUUGUUAGGCCAAAUAAUAAUUUUCAGCGGGAAAAAAAUAUAUUUUUGUUUACUUUUAUAUGGUAAAUAACUUUGCUCCUGUGUUGCGCUGCCAUUUAAUGUCUUAUGUGAGAUGCAAAGCAAAAACCAGUUGAGAAUCACUGUUGUAAAAGGAUCUAAAGACAUAACAAAAGCGCAUAUAUUUCCAUGUCUUUGCAGAACCUCAUUUAACCAGUAUUUGCUGUCCCUUUGGGAAAGUAUUUGAACUUUAGCGAAAUAUCAACUUUUUUUUUUUUUUAAAGAAAUGAGCGACGGCUGUGCAGGACAGAUCAACCGCUACAAAGAAUGUUUGCAGCUAAAGAAGGCAACAUUUCAGUUCAAACUUAUGAGGAACUACAGCUUCACAAACUCUUUCGCCGCUGUACAUGACAUGUGCACCUUUGUCAGUAUGUGGACUUUCAUGUCUUCAAAUAAAAUUCUUUAUACACUCUCCAUACAAGGAGGAUAAGAGGAACUGUGCGUUCAUAUAGCAAUGUAUUUUUCUUGACAAAAAGCUUUGAGUUGAAUGAGUUUUCUCCCAAAAGUGUCCUGUCUGUCAUGUUAUAGCUGAUCAGAAGUUAUUUAUUGAAUUUCAUAUUUAUUAUUCCAAACAUGCCACUCAAACAUUCUGUUACAUAAAAUCAAAAAGGUAGAUUCAUUUGGUACAUUAAACCAGUUGCAGUAUUUGUGCUAGCGAGUAGAUAAGUAACAAUGUGCAGUAUAUGUUUGAAAAAAGUUGAUGGUUUACUGCAUUUCAGAGAAAUGUCCUUAACAUUUAACAACUCGCAUCAUUCUGGCUUUGCCUGCUCUACCUACACAUCAAGAUCUCUUCAGUGAAAUUUAAGGCAAUAUCAAAAUUCAACAUUCAAAUAUCAAUAUUGUCAAAGACUGCUGCAUUUUCACCCACAUGUGACCUAUAAAUGUAGCCCUUAAAUUGCACAAGGAUACUGAUUAAAUAAUGUCAAAUCUCUGAAUGACUAGAGUUUUCAUGCUAUUAAAGAAAAAAAUUGAAAAACAAUGUUUGUUGUGCUCAGAUGAGUAUGUGAAUGAUGUUCCUAAAGCUAAGUUCCGUAGCUUUAGACUUUUUGACCACACUAAAUAAAAAAAUCAUUUAAAAUCUUCAGUUAGUUUUUUAUCCAUUUAGAACCAUAGAACAGUUUUAGAAAUGACACAGCCCUUAAAGAAACAGUACAUGACAGUUAACUGACGCAUGAAUACCUCUUGGUGUAGUCGUCAGCAGUAGCACAGAGGUCAUGUUAGUUUUGCUGAUUGAGCUUUUUUCUUAGUUUAAUUUUGUAUAUAUGAUAUUCUCCAGCGUAUGUAUAGACAUGCAUGUACAUUUUAACAUUCAGUGUCUUUUUAGUUCAGGGUGGGAAGGAUGUGGGUGUUUAUGUCCAGCUCUCUACAGCCUUUGUUGUACUACAAAACACAUUUCUACUAUCUGCUGAAAACGUUCUGUAAAUACCAUGUGAAUCCAGUGCCUGUGCAAUUAGAGAAAUACUUGAAUUGUGGAGAUGUGAGAGUAAUCAGCAGAAUAAACGUGGUUUAUUAUACUAUGGCUACAUUGCAGUUUCAUACAAUUUUUUGUUUUCUUUAUAGGUACAGUUAGUAUUUUCACAUUUUCAGAGGAUUACAGUAUGUUUUGCUGUUGCUGUCAUUUUGUCUCUUAACUGGGCUUUUUGUUUCAGUUUUUCCCUUUGUUAUGGUGCAAUAAACAGAGAUUAAACAAA